CCACCCAGGCCCCGCGCUCGCUCCAGGGCUUGCUCGCGCCCGCCCGCAGCGCGUUCGCGCCGGUUCCGCGCGCCUCGUGCCUCGCGCCUCGCGCUUCGAGCCACGUCCCCGCCCGGCCCCCGCGCGCGGCAGAGUUGGCAGCUGAGCAGCGCCGGCCUGGGUGUGGCCGGCGGAUCUCCGCGGCACUGGUCUCAGCGGUGCUCCGCGCUCUGCACGCCAGCUCCACGCGCCUGGGGCUGCUGAGCGCCCAGCGGACUCGGGCAGCGCCAGGUCGACGGCGGCCGGAGCUCACUCCAGUUGCUUUGUGUUGUUAAUUUUGGAGUAAACAAAUUUUAAAAAUGAGUGAACUGGAACAGCUGAGGCAGGAAGCCGAACAACUGCGAAAUCAGAUUCAGGAUGCUAGGAAAGCUUGUAAUGAUGCAAUGCUUGUUCAGAUCACAUCAAACAUGGACACGGUGGGUCGGAUACAGAUGCGAACCAGACGCACACUGCGGGGGCACCUUGCCAAGAUCUAUGCUAUGCACUGGGGAUACGACUCAAGGCUACUGGUCAGUGCUUCUCAAGAUGGAAAAUUAAUUAUUUGGGAUAGCUAUACAACAAAUAAGAUGCACGCUAUUCCUUUGAGGUCCUCCUGGGUGAUGACCUGCGCUUACGCCCCCUCGGGUAAUUUCGUGGCCUGUGGAGGCCUGGACAACAUCUGCUCUAUCUAUAACUUAAAGACCAGGGAGGGGAAUGUGCGAGUGAGCCGAGAGCUCCCCGGUCAUAUAGGCUACUUGUCCUGCUGCCGUUUCUUAGACGACAGCCAAAUUGUUACAAGUUCAGGAGAUACAAAUUGUGCUUUGUGGGACAUCGAAACUGCCCAGCAGACCACCACGUUCACUGGCCAUUCUGGAGACGUGAUGAGUCUCUCUCUGAGCCCUGACAUGAGGACCUUUGUUUCUGGCGCGUGCGAUGCCUCCUCCAAGUUAUGGGAUAUUCGGGAUGGAAUGUGCAGGCAGUCUUUCUCUGGGCAUGUGUCAGACAUUAAUGCUGUCAGUUUUUUUCCAAGCGGAUAUGCCUUUGCCACCGGCUCUGAUGAUGCCACUUGCCGUCUCUUCGACCUGCGUGCAGACCAGGAGCUGUUAAUGUAUUCUCAUGACAACAUCAUCUGUGGGAUCACCUCCGUAGCCUUCUCAAAAAGUGGGCGCCUCCUGUUAGCUGGUUACGAUGACUUUAAUUGUAACGUGUGGGACACACUGAAAGGAGAUCGUGCAGGUGUUCUUGCUGGGCACGACAACCGUGUCAGCUGUUUGGGUGUGACUGAUGAUGGCAUGGCUGUGGCAACAGGCUCCUGGGACAGUUUUCUUAGAAUCUGGAAUUAACAGUGCAUACAAUGUUUCCAUUCCCUGAGGAUACCUGGAAAAAUCAGUGCUGCAGCCUAGAGCUGUGAAAAAAAUUCUACCUUAUAUUUGCAGUCGAAGAUUUUUCUAUUGAGAUUAUAUACAAAAAGCAGCUUUCAGUAAAAUACAAAACAGAAAAAAACAAGGCAAAGGUGCUUGCUGAAUCAAAAGGACCAGUGUAUUGAGUUGAGCUAGUUUAACCGUGAUCAAAUUUUGCUUUUACUCAGUUUGUUUCCUUGUGUAGAACCAAGUGUAUACAUUAUAGCAACCUAUCAUGUUUGUUUGCUUUUUAAGAAGUGCAUUUUUAACUUUGUAUACGUCAGAAAUGUCACAUUUUUGUUUUUUAAUGGAGGAACCAGGCACAGUAAUAGAGUAGUCCCUUAUGUGCAUGUCCUUGUAUUUGAAGAAAGUCUCCUUGAAUUCUGACCUCCUGGUUGCCCCAAGUUUUAAGAAUUGCUGACAGGGUAGGUACCUGAGAGGAUGGACUCCUCUUCAAUGUCCUUCGUUUCUGGUGCAUCUUUUGCCAUCCUAUCCAUUUAAGUGAGUGCUCAUUUUCAGCCCUUUGAGGGGAAGAUAAUCUGAAGGCUAGGGAAUAGAGAUUUCCCUAUGAAACUUCAGACACACAAAAGAAACUUUAUGAAUAGGUAGAGAGCAGUAAUCACAUAUAAGUGGUUCUUGGCAUUUUAGAAAGAUCAUGAUCAAAAGACACUUUGAGUAAUCCUCCAAAUACCUGGGCUUCACUAUUGAUUUCAUAUUCAAGAAUUGAGUUUGUAGUCUACUCAUUAUUCCAGAACAUCGAUGAAUGUCUGCACCCUCCUAGCAUCUGGAGCACUUUUCCCAGUGCUCUCCAUCAGUAUGUGUCUAGAGCUAAGGAAACGCGAAGGAUGCCUUUUUUCAAAGUGUAAAGUCUAGCCAGUCAUUAGACCUGUGCAUAGUUGUGACAAGGUGGCUGUAUGAAUUUAUGUUCACCUAAAGUCUGACUUGAUGUAAACUGUCUGUGCCUUCAGGUUUUAAGAAGGAAACAUUUCAGCUCUGCUCUUCUGACUACUUUUCUUCCUUGAAAACAAAAUAACUGGUUUCUUAGUGGUGCAACUGUGGUUCAAAGAGUGAAAUCAUUUUAAAGCCAAAAGAAAAAAUCAAAGAGCAAUUCUAAAGGAGCCAGAGGAAAAUACUAAGCGAUUCAUUCCUCUGCUUGUCAAUGGUAUAAUAAUGUGUUGUCUAUUACUAGAAUGGGCCCUCCUAGAUUUAAACAGAUACUUUCCCCCUUUGAUUUUCCUCUUACAAAUAAAUCUAAAUGAUUGACAAUGGAAGACUGUUAGUCUUGCUUGACGGUGCAUUGUAUUUUGUUAAAGUAUGUCAGUUACUGUUGAGAUAGGUCACCUGUAAUCCUGAAUAGUUCCAAAUUUUACGUGUCAGUUUUCAUUAUGUUGUGAAUGUGCUAAUAAGUAUACCAACUAUAAUGAAGUUGGUUUUAACAUUGUUGAUAUUAAAAAGAGAGUAAAAUGAAUAAAGGAAAAUGACAAUAUGGGGCCAAAGUAACUUGUAGAUGGGAGGCACGAAUGUAUUUAUACAGAUUUCUAUGAACUUUAUCCUAUUAAGGUUUGUGGACUAUUUAUAUUACUUUGUAUAGAGCAGCUCUUUAAGAUCAGGCAAAAAUAUUUUAAAGGAAUGUACUCACUUCCAAAAGGGGGUGAGGGUCUGCCAUGUAGUUCAGCAAUUCAUUCCUAAAUCCUAAUCAAGAAAGCACUUCUGCCACAUGCAAAAUAGAGUAUUCCCCUCUACUCUGAGUUAUUCUAGGAACAAAAAACUGUAGUCAGAGAGGCACCCAGACUAUAAUUCUAUGAUCUUAAACUUGCUGAUAAAAAUGAUUUAUUUUAAUGUUAUUAGUUUCUAUGCAUAGGUUAAAAGCAAUUCCUGUAAUUAACUAUGUGUUAGGCAACUGAAACCUACCCAAGAUUGUGGCUAGUUAUAUAUAUGACCAAAUGUGACCUCAUUACCACAUUAACUUACUAGUUAAACCUUUGCUUUCUAGUAAUAUGAGUUUCUCUUGCUAUUUUUAAUUGCAGUUUGAGUUAAGCUGAUUGUCUAAUUCUGUUGUUCAUGAGACUUCCUGAAAUCAAAAAGAAUAGUACAUAACACAUAGAAACACUGUAUAGUUUGAACCUUGGUUUUAGAAGACUUAAAAAAUAUGGCCAAAUGUAGUUUUAAGGAAUUUGUAUUAUCAAGAAUACUGCAGUUAUCUGAGACCUAUCAAUUUUUCUUUUUACCUUGUAAGAAACAGAUUUUACUUAUGAACUUCGUUUUCUGAAGAUCUGACAAGAAUAUUUUAAAGAUAUGUAUUCUUUUCUAAAACAACUUAAUAGUAAAGUGCCCUGUGGUUCACCAAGUCAUCCCAAAACCUGCUCAAAAAGCACUUCUUGCUGCCAUGAGCUAGGUCCCUCCCUAGCCCUUAUUUCUAUACCUGUGAUUCCAAGGUUACACACACCACGAGUUCCAUCUCCACAGAGGCAAAGAUUUGGGCUUAAUAUUUCAACUACAAGGGAUACUAGCUAGCAGUUGCUGCUUGUUUUGAUUUAGAUUCAGCUAAACCGAUGAAUAACAGUGCUUGUCUCCUAGACAUGAUGGAUGCAGGGGCUACUGGAACAAUGGGGUAAACCAUUUUAAUCUAUUAAAAGAGAAAUAGACCUUCACUUUUCCAGGUGAUAAAAUUUCGAUUAUUGUUAAAAAAUACUGUGCAAUAUUAUAUAACUGACCUUUUAAACACUUAGAUUUAAUAAUAAAUUAAGAUUGUCCAUUUUAAAAGUGAGAACCUUCAGAGAAGUUUAUACUUUGAACAUUGGUGAAUGUCUCACAUUUAAAACUGUUUAACAAAAUUGAGUAAUUGUGGCUUAUUUGUUGAUGUAUCUGAACUUAUGGAAACUGACUGAACAAUCUCCCCCAAAAGCCAAUCAUUAUUUUAAUAAUGAAGAUUUUCUUUCUAGAAAUUUUAGGGUGUGAGUCAGGAUUAAAGCAUUUAAAAAGAAAUUUAAUUUCUAUGUUCAGCUUCUAGUUCCCUUUUUUGCCAUUGUGGAAAGCAAAAUUUUAAACUUUCUCCUCUCCUGUUUGAAUUUUUAAAAGACCCACAGCUGGACUAUCUUUCUUGUAAGGAAGAAUAGCACAAUGAACAAAAUUGACAUUUUAAAUUAAGUAAUGUAAAGUACUUUUUAUUUACUAGUUUUCCUCUUGUUCAUUUUGAGUUGCCCUAAAUUUAGUGCUGUAUUUUAAAAUAUUGGUUACCAUAGGUACUCACGAAAACGGUUUGUAUUUGAAUGUCUUAAGUUAGCAGUUUUAAAAAAGUAAUUUAUUAAUCACAGAUUGAUGGUACACCUUGUAUUUAGAAAAUUUGUUUGCAUGUUGAUGAAAUAUCCUAAGUCUUUUUUCUUAAGUCCAAUUACUGAUCCUAUAAGUUAUAUGAGAAUGCAGCAUUAUGAAAAAACCAGUUGAUCUAACUGGUGUUCAAUGUGCCCAACAAAAACUUUACAUCAGACAGUAUUUACUUCUUAAUUAAUAGAACUUCAGAUAUACUUGAUAUUUCAAGACUUUUCUUUGUUACAGUGGUGCUCUAUUCUAUUGUGUUCUUUACAAAGCAUCAUCUAAACACUGCAUUUGCAUAUUCUUACUCAAAGGAAUCCACAUCUAAGUGGGUUUUUUUAAGCUGGUUAAAAUGUUUUUCUUCGCCUGCAGUGGUUCGUACACACUUGUGUCCAACUUACUGGGAACAUCAGUAGUGUGAUUAUGGGAAAGGUGAACGUACUGGACUUCAAACCAAACAUAAGAUGGAUUUGUCCCAUGAUUUAACAGUAUUCUUGAAUCUUCCUUGCACACUGAUUGAUUCAUUUAUUUGUAUAGUAGCUCUGUGAAAUAAUGUUGGCUGUGAAUUGAUAUUGUAAUCAAUAAAGUGCUUUAACCAGG